ACAACAGUUAGGGCCUUACUCACGGCCGAACGUUCACUUGUGACCUUUCUAUUUUUUUCGUAUAAAAACUCAACGUCUUCGAAAUAACUGCUAUCAAUUCCUCCAGCGAUUCGACGAUACAUAUCAACUACCGGUACUCUACGACAUGGCAAAAUUCGCUACUGUUUUAAUUGUCGUAUCCAUCGUGGCUGCCGUUACAGCCAAUGGCCGAUAUUCUUAUGACGAUUACAAAGCCCAUCAACCAACAUCUUAUGAUUACCAAAAGAAUCAAUAUAACCAGCCUUCUUACGGUCACGAUGAAAGCCAUAGCUACCAACCGACAACCUACGAGCCUAAAGGAUACGGUAACUAUGGUUACCAACAGCCCAAAGCUUAUGGUAAGCAGCAAUACAGCUACGAACAUGCCCAGCCCGCUUCUUACGAUAAAGGUCAUACUUAUCAACCUUAUGACAACAAAGGAUCUAGCUACGGAUACGAUAGCACGUACGAACAACCGAAAUCUUACGGCAGCUAUCCUUCAACCUAUUGAGAGACCAUAUCCUUUUUAACAAUGUGCACCUUAUGGUUAAAGCGUAUUGUAUUGAAAUUGAAUACUCCUGGACAUGUCAAUGAUGAUAAAUAAAAUUACGUUGGGACCCAAA